GAGUCCAUCCCAUGACUCCAGCCCGUGUCUUCCCGUAUUAGCGUCGUCCCUUACUCUACUCCGCCACCAAAGCUUUGCAUCACCAGACAAGUACAUGGGUGCAAUCCUCACCUUCUCUUCGUCCGGCACCUUUGCGGCUUUAAAGUAUUCUUCCAUAUCCCACAGAAAGUUCUCCAACUCCUUGGCAUUGCGGUCACCACCAAAGGUCUUCGGCUCCGGCACUUUGAUCUUUGAAGAGCCUACUUCAGCGCUUGGGACCAGUCCCGCUGCAAGAGCCCUCUUCAAAAUCACAAGUUUUGACUUUGUGGCUUCGUUCUCGGCAGAGCGUGCCUCCAGUUCGUUUACCAGGUCUGCCCUUGAGGCCUCAAGUGCCUUAAGCCGCGCCCACACCGGCCUAAGCGCUUCCUCAAUCAGCCCACGAACCAGUACCUCCGCAGUCUCCACCCCUUGGUCACCGGCAGACGAAUCACGAUCUUCAACCUGGCUCUGAUACCAAUUGUUACACGGUAAAAUUCACGUCUCGAAUUUUCACCCUGUACGGCCUGCCUUAACGCCUUAAGACAGUCAGCCUUCCACCCAAUGCCGCGGCGCAACCCUUAAUUGGAAUAGGAACACAACACUUUAACACACACUUAGAAUAAAGGCACACGACUUUACGGUCAACGACCAACCUUGUAUUAAUUCACAAUUAAUACACUAGGACUAAUACAACACGCUCACAAUGUCUAACACACUUG